AUGACACAUUUUGGCAACUACGGCCAAGACCGUCUGGCAACCUACGUCCUUAACGGCGCCUUCCGUUUUUUACUCGCCUGGACCCGCCUCCAUCUGAAAACCGGCCCGCCCAACUUCCUGGCCCAGCAGCACUUGGCCUUCCACCGGCAGACUGAGGCGCCCACCAGCGUCUCUGCUGGUCUGCCUCUGCAGUCUAAUCCCUGCGCUGAUCGGCGUCAUGCAGAGAUUUGGCCACCAAGCAGCCUCUGCGAUCAGGACCUUCUGCCCUCAGUCCUCAUUGGUGGGCCGCAGAAGACCGGUAGGUUCUGCUAG